AUGGCCAGCCAGAAACGUAUCACCAAGGAACUUGCCGAGUUGACUUCUUCACCGCCCCAAGGAAUCACUGUUUCCCUGGCAGACGAGGCGAAUCUAUAUCAGUGGAAAGUGUCGAUGGAAGGUCCGGCGGGAUCGCCUUAUGCGGGCGGCAUGUUCAAUCUAUCCAUCAACCUACCGCAAAACUAUCCAUUUAAACCGCCCACCGUCGUCUUCACCACAAAAGUGUACCAUCCCAAUAUCUCCAACGACACCCCUCCGAACUCCGGGACCAUGUGUCUAGGCAUGCUGAAGGACUCGGAAUGGAAGCCUAGCACUAAGAUGAGUGCCGUGCUUGAGUUUGCUAGACAGUUGUUGAAAGAACCAAAUCCCGAUGACGCUGUCGAGGCCAAGAUUGCCGAGCAGUAUCGCAGCGACCGGGCCGCUUUCGAAAAAGAAGCGAGGGAAUGGACCAAACGCUAUGCGUCUGGGAAGAAAUGA